ACCAUUAAUUGGUACACCAAGACAUGGGCCUGUUUGUUAGAAAACUGUUUUAACUAUCAUCUCCUGCCUCUGUUUUUAAUUUUCUUAUCUCCCCAAGACACACUCCACCAACACGGCAGGCCUCUCCUCCUUCCCUGCCCCCAACCUCAGGCCUGAGGUGUUGACCUCGUAGCACACACACACACACACACGCACACACACAGCCAUAUGUUACGGCCAGGACGAACCUCCACGCUGUCAUUAGGGGGAUGGUGCUGGACACUGUGCUGAGGUUAAGCAGAGUGACUCAUCCUCUCCUUGAGCAUCACCAAACGAUUUGCUCAAAUUUGCAGAGGAAGGGAGGACAGCCCUGGGGAGGAACCGCAGCGGCAGGAGGAACGAGCUGCCUCACCGUGGAGAUAGAUAGCAGAAAAAUGCUGUCAUGGGGAGAGAAGGAGAGCGAGUCGGCAGAGAGGAACAGGAUGGAACAAGGCAGGGUCGAGCAGGACUGAAAUGUGGAGGUGGUCUAUGGAUGACGGCUGCAGCCGCUGGGCAGUGCACACCAGGGGAUGCCAUGUUUGACUUCUUGACAAAGGCAGCACCUCUCCGAUACAGAGGGCAUAGAGACAGGCUCCAGUGAUGAUCCUCGCAUGUUUAACUCAAACUAAAAGCACAUCUGCACAUGUGGAUGGACCCGUCCAGCGAUCAACAGUGCGGUUUCCCUUCCGACUUCAUCAUUCCCACUCAAGAACUCAUUGACAAAGUGUGGUGUCCCACAGAGGCCCCUAUGAGAGCCCAGAGGUCGAGAGAGUUCAUCCAUCUUAAGUGGUGUGAAUGAGAAAAUAAUAGUUGCUUUCACUUAGCUGGAUUUUCCAUUUUCAUACUCAGCAUCCCAGUUUCACACCAGCAUCUCAGACACCUGGAUGAAGAGUUAAGCAGGAAGAACCAGGGAGAAGAUUGUCAGAUUAGGUUUGAUUCCUCCGGCGCCAUGCAGUCAGACGACCUCUUCAUUCGCAAGUUCCGCCGCCAGAACGUGCGCCCGCCCCUCGCCACCGUCAACUUUGACCCCAAACGGGAAGCGGGAGUGGUGGAGUGGCCUCCCAGGAGGCCCGGCGACGGCGCCGAUGCAGACUGCAGCCUCACUCCGAGCCGCGUGGGGUUGAAUCUGCGGUCGGUGGGGCGGGGCCACAUCAUGCAAAGAAGUAACAGCGAUGUAACCCUGGGAGACUUGGACUCCUCUGGGAAAACGUCAGGGAAAGUAAUCCGAGCAGCAGGUGAGAAAACAGGCACGGGGCCUCAGGGAGACUCAGGUGUGCAUCUGCACAGGGAGUACGGCAGCCUGUCGUCGCUGGAGAGACAAACUCAAGGCCAGGACCCGAGCAGGGAGAACCACGGGCCCCUGAGUCCAAACGCUCUCCGCUUUAAAGACCCUUUCCUGCUUUUAGGCCUGGAGGGCAACCUUCCAGAGCCGGAUGGAUUCUUCCAAGAUCUGUCCAGGUCUGGUGGAGACUCCCCGAAACCCACUAAACCGCCCAAGCCUGAAGGUCUUAGUAAAAAGUCCAAACUUACGCCUCCUCAGAUACCUCAGCCCGGCCCGUACGACCACCUGGGAGGCGGCGCGUGGGUGAGGAACUUUGCCCACUACGAUGUUCAGAGCAUCCUGUUCGACCUCACAGAGGUCGCCACAAACAGGGACAGCAUCGGUCGCAAGAAGAACAUCACCUCAGGGGCGUCAGCUGCCUCCCAGCUCCGCCCCCUGGCCCAGUCCACACCUGCUUCACCAGCGCAGGGAGGCGGUGGCAGCGGAGGGAACGCCGACGACCAGGAGACGUCACUGCUGCUGGACGAAGGAGACGGCAACGAUAACGAGCUGCUGCUCAGCUGUCCGCACUUCCGUAACGAGACGGGAGGCGAGGAGCAGGUGGGCCUGGGGCGGUCGGCUGGCAGAAGGGAGCUCUGGUCAACCCUCCGGACCCCCAACGACGCCGUGUCUGUGCUGGAGGAGCCGAGGGAGAGCAACAUCCAGCUGCAGGGGAAGAGCAACUACUUCAUAGAGCACGCAGACCUGGGAGCGCAUUACUACCGCAAAUAUUUCUACCUGAAAGAGCACCAGAACUUCUUUGGGAUCGAUGACCGCCUCGGCCCUGUGGCCAUCAGCUUCCGCCGGGAUGAGAAAGAGGGGUCCAGCGGAGCUCAGUACAAUUACAGAAUCAUCUUCCGCACCACAGAGAUGAAGACGCUUCGAGGCUCCAUCCUGGAGGAGUCCGUGCCGUCGGCCGCCCGUCACACAACCCCGAGGGGCCUGUCCCCCAAGAGGCUGCUGGAGUUCAUCAUGCCUGAGCUCAACCUGCACUGCCUCCGCCUGGCUUCCAACUCCCCAAAGGUCCGGGACACGCUGCUCAAGCUGGACGAACAGGGGCUGAACUUUCAGAGGAAGGUCGGCGUGAUGUACUGCCGCGCCGGACAGAGCUCCGAGGAGGACAUGUACAACAACGAGAGCUCUGGGCCGGCGUUUGAGGAGUUCCUUGAUCUGCUUGGAGAGCGGGUGCGGCUGAAGGGCUGGGAGAAAUACCGAGCUCAGCUGGAUAACAAGACCGAUUCCACUGGAAUGCAUUCCCUCUACACGCGCUACCAGGACUACGAGAUCAUGUUUCACGUGUCGACCAUGCUGCCCUACACGGCCAACAACACGCAGCAGCUGCUGAGGAAGCGACACAUCGGAAACGACAUCGUGACGAUCGUGUUCCAGGAGCCGGGCGCUCUGCCCUUCACUCCGAAGUCCAUCCGCUCACAUUUCCAGCAUGUCUUCAUCAUCGUUCAGGUUCACGAGCCCGGCACCAACCACGCCUACUACAGAGUGGCUGUAACACGCUCCAAAGACAUCCCGUUAUUUGGACCCCUGUUCCCCAGGGGCGCCCGGUUCCCUCGCUCGCCUGCCUUCAGAGACUUCCUCCUGGCGAAGGUGGUAAACGCCGAGAACGCUGCGGAGAAAUCUGAGAAGUUUCGCUCCAUGGCCACGCGCACUCGGCAGGAAUACCUGAAGGAUCUGGCGGAGAACUACGUGACCACAACCCCCAUCGACUCCUCCACCAAGUUCCCCCUCCUCUCUUUGGGGAGCAAGCGGAAAGACAAGAUGAAGGGCGCGAAAGGCGCUGAGCUGCACAGCGCCGGAGCGCUGGUGUGGGCGGUGAUGGUCAGCUGCAGAGAUGACUCGGAGGCCGGUGAGCAGCAGAAGUUCCCCUGUCUGCUUGGAGUGUCGGCGGAGUCGGUGGUGCUCAUCGAGAGGGGCAGUCGCAGGGUGGUGUUCAACUGCUCCUGUCGAGACGUCAUCGGAUGGAAGGCGGUGGCUGAAACUAAGAACGGGGGGCCGUGUUUGGACAUCUUCUAUGAGCGCGGGGAGUCCGUGUCGAUCAGCAUGUUGGAGAGUCAGACAGAGGACAUAAAAGAAGUGGUGCAAAGGCUUGAGCUGGUGACGAGGGGCUGCGAGGCGCUGGAGGUCACCCCGCUGCGGGACGGAGUGGGGCAGCCUGGCUUCCUCAUGAACGAGGAGGGCUUCGUGACGGACCUGCAGAGGUUCUGCUACGCCGAGAGUGGAGGCCUGCAGCUGUGGGCUCGCGUGGUGAGGCUGUGCGGACAUUCCCUGGUCCACUUGAGCCCCGAGGAGAGGAGCAGGCUUCUCCGCACGGCACACAAGAUCCACAUCACCGUCAUCCCACCGGAUGAGAACGGCAAACCUCGCAGAAGUUUCUCUGAGCUCUAUCAGAAAGCCAUCAAGGAUGCGGAGUGCAAGUCCGGCGAGGACCAGUCGGGAGUGGCCUGGGUGGUGGAUGAGAGGGAAGACGAGAGGGAGGAGCAGAAGGUGGAGGGGGAGCAGCUGAAGGCGGACAGGGUCGAGGAGGAGGAGGAAGAGGAGGAGGAAGAGUUUACCGAGGACGGCGGCGGGGAGCAAAACAAGGAGAGUCCCGGCCCGUUCCUCGCACCGCCCGCCUUACCUUUGUUGAGGGCUACAUCUCUACAGGACCAGCCAGCCAAUCAGAGCGAAGAGAUUAGCAUCUCUCAGCUCACCCGCAGCGUUUCUCUGGAGAAGCAGCUGUCCUACACAGACACCUGUGAUGGACACGUGUACGACAACGUGAUGAUGAAGGAGAAACGCCACAUCUACGAGAACGUCGGGGAGCUGAGGGACGCCACGCCUGACCUGAUCCUGGCCGUUAAGCCCAAAGUUCCUCCAGAAGACGAGCAGUUCAUGGCCACUGACUUUGGCGAGGACAAAGCUUCAGCGAGUGACUCGUCCGUGUUAUCUUCCCGGCUAUCGAGUGUCGACCGAGCAGAAAGAAACUCACGAGCCCUCAGUCUGCAUAACUCCAUCACCAAGAUUCUCUCUGAGACGACAGAUUCCACAGAUGAAGAGUGGCAGUCCAUUGCUGACCUGGCGACAGCCUGCCGCAGCAUCCUGGAGGCUUUGUCCAAAGAAGACCGCAAAGCCGGAGAUUCCUCUCAAGGUGGAGCUGAUCAGACAGACGGCAAACUCAAAGACUCAAAGGACAGUGACUCUCCGGGCCACCUGGAGGAGAAGGUGUCGCAGCUGGAGGCCAUGCUGAAGAAGCUGCAAGACGACCUGCAAAAGUGGGCACACAAGGAGAAAGAGGACAAGGCGGUGCUGCAGGCCGAGGUGCAGAGCCUCAGGCAGAACAACCAGCGGCUGCAGGAGGAGUCGCAGAGCACAGUGGCCCGCCUCAUCAAAGUCACUGAGCUCCUGUGCAACGUCAACAAGCCCUGUUAGGUCCCCAUGAUGCAAAUCCCGCUGAGCGCCUCCAUGCCCAACAACGUUCUUUGAUCAUGCAUAGAUAGCUGCAAAAGUAAACACACAGGCAAGUGUGGUCCUGUAUGCAAAAGAGACAAAAAAAAAAGUCUAGACUGACCUUCACAGGCUGCUGUAGAGUGCUUCUCUUGGUGUGUGUGUGUGUGUGUGUAUGCGUGUGUGUGUGCCUGUUUUUCUUGCUUCAAAUACUUGACAAGCUCUGCUAAGUAGCACUUAUAGAAGAGGUUUCAAUUAAGACAAACGGACACUGUACAGCAUGUUUUGUGGUGUCUGAUGGAAAAAUGACCAAAAGUGUAUAGAGCAUAGUAAGCAGCGUCAGCGGUGAUAUAUGUGAACGGUAGUAAAGCUACAUGUAGUUGCAGGGUCUGAGUGUGUUUUCUGCCUGGCACUGACAGGAAGGUUGGCCUGAAAUUAAAACAGACACACACACACACACACACACACACACGUACACACACACACACACACACACACACAAAUGAGUAUUUGAAUUACUGCAGGCGGCCUUCUACUUUGAAACAUGUAACGAUGCUCACUGAGGCAGGUCUGUUAUGUAAGGACAUCAUCCUCUAUCUUCACUUCUUAGUCGUACUGUAUUUGGGCAAUUCUGUUUUUAGGAAACGAAACUGGAAAAUAAGGGGACUGAAAACAGAGAUUCAAACUGCUUGUUUCUUCUGGGUUUUUUUUUUUUUUUUUUUUUUUUUUUGGGAUUUGAAAAGAAAAGCAGCAUAAAGAGGAAAUUGAAAGGAUAGAAUUCAGACUCUGGCAGGAACGAACUGCUUCAGCUUCCUUCCAUGACUGCCUGUAGCUGUUUAUCUUCUAACCUCACUAUUGUAGCAGCCAUAACUGUAGAAGAUCGCCUCCUGCUGGCCUGAACUGCUGCUCUUAUUUUUCAGCCCGCAAAAUAGCUUUAGGUGUGAGAAUGAGCAACCUGGACUGACAGUGAAAUAAUGCAGAAAACUGUAUUUAAAUACAUUUUGUUUGUGUUUUAUUGUUUUUGUUUUGUUUUCUGAUGUAACUAUUUGGGUAAUUGUUUGCUUUAGCUGGAGAGUGGCAGCAGUGCAUUGAAAUUUCCUUAAUUAGGGAUGCACCAAAAAAGAUUCACCAAACGGUGAUCACAAUCAAAUAAGUUUGAUCUUUACCAAACUUGACUGGUGACCAGCCUGUUAAAACCUCAGAAAUGCAACAUUUUUCCAAUCAACGAAUGCAGCUAAGGGCUAACAGAUCUCACUAACUUCACUCUUCAGUGUGGAAGUUGUCACUGACCGAAUGAUAAUCAAAGUUAGCCAUUUUUAGUAUCAACGAGGCGAUUAAAAGUAGGUGGAAGAAUCACAGGGGUGUAGGAAGCUGUUUAAAAUAGAAACAUGACAUCUGGUGCUUGCAUUUCACUCUAUUUGGUUGUUUCAAACUCGACUAUUUUGGGUACAAAAAUGAGCCAUUUGCUAUAAAAGGUGAACUCAUAAGAGGAAUGUUGUUUCAAUUUGAUGAAAUAUUAAAUCGACUAAAGCUCGACAUCACAGGGAAGUUUUAUUGUUUCUUUUAUUAGUUUGAGCUUUCAGUCUGUCUGUCAGGGAACAUGCUGGAUUUGGAAAUGUUGCCAGCAGAAAUUUCAGAUUUCAGAUUAGUGUCUACAGAUGUUGUUAAUCUGUCCAGCUUGAAACUGAUUUUUCAGCGUCUGGAUAAGAAACGAAAUAUGUUCCUCUUUUUGCUUCGUGUUUUUUUUAUGACUCAACACCUCAAACUGAAAAAGUACAAUUGCUGCUGCACUACUAUUUUAAAACGUCAUCUUGUGCAGAAAAACUUAGUAAUUGCUGUUUUCAUUCUAAAACGUUUGAGAAUCACUGCUAUAGGGAAUGCAUAGAGGCUACUGUUCACAUUUAUGUUCAAUACCAUAAAAUUAAAAGACAUUUUUGAACAUCAGCACUAAUUUUCGGCCAUUUCAAAGUGGCAGACAGGAGGACAGCUCCCAGAAGAGACUGAUUUCAGUAAUGCUAACCAAGCUAAUCAGCUAAUCAAUCAAGUUUAUUUGUAUAUUUCAGCAAGAAGGCAGUUCAAAGUGCUUUGCAUCAUAAAAACACAAUUCAAAUUCGACAAUUGAGAAACCAGUGGCAGACAUUGCAUUUUAAAAUGAUCAAAACCAGCAAUAUAUAUUGAAUAUGUUGGUCAAUGUAAUGUUAUUUAUUAUGGUUCAAAAGCAACUUUAAACAUGAGGUUUUAGCCUUGAUUUAAAGGAGCUCAGGGUUCCAGCUGUUUUGCAGUUUUCUAGAUGUUUGUUAAAGAUUUGUGGUGCAUCAAAGCUGAACGCUGCUUCUGAAUGCUAAUUGUUAAUUUAUGAUUGUUAAUGUUAAAUGGCUUCUCGCUCACACACACCCACACACGCAUGCACACACACACACACACACGCACACACACACACACAAUGGGAUGUUUCUUCUGCUUUUGGUUAUUAAUGGUGACUCAACGCAGAAAGAUUAGAAGACACAAAAAUGAUAAUUUUCUCAACGUCUGCCAUGCUAACGUUUCUGAAUUUGACCCCCACUACACUCAUACAUUUCCUCCGUUUUGGUUGUUUUGAAUUCUUCUACAAUAGUGAACAUUAAUGAAGAUUAAGUGCGGUUAAAUUCUGUUUCCUGAUUCUUUCUGAUAACUUUUUGCUCUCAUUUUCUUCAUAGAUAACUGAUUAAUCGAUCAGAGUGACCUUUUUCAUGGUUGAUAUAGUUUGAUUUUAAAAUUUGACUUUAAAUCACUGGUUGUCAAAGCGGUUCUAAACACCCUUCUGUUGUUCAGAAGCCAUUUUGUACACAAAAAUCGACUUCAAAACAACCAAUAUCCUAAAGGUACGAAAUGCCUAACGGACGGGCAUUCCCCUUUCACAGCAGGAAAUCUACAGGUAGCUAUUUUGAGUCAUUUUUCAUAUAUAUUCUCGUAUGAUAGUUUUUAAAGAGAAACUAGAAGUUGACGAUAGUUGUCCAGUCGGUGCAUCUCUAACCUAAAUGUAUUCUUGUGUGCUUACGUGUCAUUCCUGCACCUUCGUUUUUGUCAGUGUAACACUGGACAUGUCACAUACCGAACUCCAUGCAGCCUGCCUAAAAUUAUAAGAUUAUAUCCUGGUGCAUAAGAUCUCAACUCCACCCCUGAUACUCACCUUCCCUCAUUAAUGUAUCUCCUCUGCUGACGGAGUCGGUGUGUGCAGAGUUGGACUGCCAACAAGCAACUGAUCCACAAACUGACAAACUGAACUCUCACAAACACAAAAACCGAUGCCAAACGUCACUCAAGACUGCUGUUUCUUUUUCUUUUUUCUUUUUUUUUGCUUGUACAAACUUCCUGUAAUUUUCUGUUAGAGUCACUGUGAAUAACUGGUACCAGCAUAUGAGGAGUGAGUUAGGAAUCUAAACCUUUGUUCCACGUUGGUGCACUGAGCAUGCUCUCCUUUCUGCAGGACGAUUAGCGCUAAUCGGAGGCUCCAUUAUUUAAAAGGAGAGGCGUACGUGGGAGCAGACCUGUUUUACUGUGUCUUGUAUAUUUAUUUAGAUUGUAGGAGACUGGUCGAGCAUGACAACGUGCCACGCGACUUCCAAGCCUCCCUUGCUUUAUGUGUAUGUAUUAAAAAAAAAAAUGUAACGUAUUAAUAAUGCAAAUGUGGACUUUCUUGUAGCUGUUCAAACUGCAUUGAAGGUGUAAAAAAAAAAAGAAAAAAGAAAUGUGAACUAUGGUGGAGAAAACGUGAGUUAAAAAUUUUGCUUUACUUUUCUAGACAACAAAUUGCUAUGAUGUAAAAUGAAGUGAUAAUUGCUUAAACAUAAUGUAAUUAUAAGGGAUAAUAUUAUUCUGGAAUUGAAUUAUUUAACAACUUGAAUAUGGUUAUCAAGUAUGCCUUAAUGAAUGGAUUCCCUGUAUCUUAAUGGAACUGGUCUGACUGGUCUUACUGGCAUAAUGUGAAAGCUUACUCUUAACUUUGUGCCUGCCUUUUUUUGUUGUUGUUGCUUUAUCCUUUUACAUUUGGUUGCACUUGCUAAGUUUGUAUUAUUAUUAUUAUAUUUUUUAUAUAAUUUAAAUCAGAUUUUUAUUUUUUUGGCAAAGUGAACAUUUCCAGGACCACCACAACAUCUGGGUGUGUGAUGGAAAGUCAUCGGGUGCCACGUUUGCAGUUCAGAUUGUUAAAAAAAAAAUAAUAAUAAAUAAAUAAAAAAGAUUUCUUUUAAAAAAGUACAUUUAAAAGGAAACAGUGCUGAAAAUGGUGGUUGAGUAGAAAUGAAUGGGUCGUGCUUCCUGAAAAGGUAUUUAAAUGUUCCUGUAUGAGUUGUUUAUGGAAAUAAAACAAUAAAAAUAAAUAAAACUAGGAGGAAAAAGUGAAAGAUUUGGGCAUCACAUGCACUUUCUUGACGUAAGUUGGAGGUGCAGCGGGUUAAACCUGGUUACAUGUAAAGUCCAUACAGAUGUUCGACAAAUACCCCUAAAGCAGAUUAUCCUAAGACAUUUGUUUAGCUGACUUUGAGAUAUGAUGGAGUGAUUGUGGAGGAUGUUUGUCAUUCUUAGAUUAGUUGGGAAAAAAAUCUAGCAGGUUUGGAGUAAAAAAAAAAAAAGAAAGCAUCUAAUUACAGGUGGCUAGAUCUCCAGAACCUAAGAUGUACUGUAUAUGUAAUUUAAAUGGAUCUUUAGUUUUCAUCUGUUCACCCUGUGGCUCUGUUUACUUUUCAUGAAGCGGAGAAUAAUUAAAACACAAGUUUAAACAACU